AUGACUAAUUUGAAAUUAUUUUAGCUUACUGCCUAUCAGAAUGCCAUAAUAGUUAAAUCAGAUUUACCCUAUUUAACCACCCAGCUAAAAUUUCACAGAACUUCUUAAAUUAUAGAAGAAUCUCCUAAACAUCAUGAGCAGGAAGGCAAGAUCAAAGGUGACAGAAGAUGCUCCUACAUUUUGGGAGUCUUCAAGACAUAUAAUAAAUCAUUCAUAGUGCUUGUUGAAGAGUGCACAAAAGUUGCGACAAUCCAGGAACAAAUUAUUUAUCACAUCGAUUAAGUAUCCUACGUUGCAAUCGAAGAUAAUAAUCCUAAUAACAAUAAGGAUAUCAUGGAAAGUUUGGGCAAUCAAAAGAAACUACUCUAAUCAGGAUUCUAUUUCUCACUCCAUGGAGAUAUCACUCUUGCAAGGCAUUUCUAAAAGUAUGAGAAUAGUUUUGUCUGGAAUAACAAGCUUCUUAGCUCUUUAAGAGAAAAUAAGAUCUCUUCCGGUUGGCAAUUACCUAUGAUAUAAGGAUAUGUCGAAUAAAUAGAUUCCUUCAUAGAUAAUAAACCAAUUACAGUGACCUUAAUUUCCAGAAGAAGUAGAUUUAUGGGAGGGACUCGCUAUUACUCAAGAGGAAUCAACGAUGAUGGACAUGUGGCUAAUUUCGUUGAAACAGAACAAAUACUCAUCCAAGGCUAAAUCUUAAUAAGUUUUGUUGCCAUACGAGGGUCAGUGCCAUUGUUUUGGAAUUAAGAUAGUGUGUCUAAUGUAAAACUAACUAGAUCAAAAGAAUUGACAUAAGCUGCUUUUGUUAAACAUUUUAAUCUACUCAGAAGAUAUGGCAAGAUAUUUUGCAUUAAUUUAAUGUAAAAUAGUAGAUAAAUAGAGUAACUCUUAACAGAUAAUUUUUAUUAUCAGUUUCAGUAGGCUCAAUUAGAUCAUGUUAAUUAUCAAUACCUUGAUUUCCAUUCCUUAGUCAAAAAUGGUAAGUCUACUGGAGUCAAUUCCUACAUUUACUAAUACGAAUAAACUUUAGAUAAAUUUUAAUGUUAUAUUGAAAAAGACAAAAACAUGAUAACAAAAUAAAAUGGAGUUUUUAGAAUAAAUUGCUUAGAUUGUUUGGACAGAACUAAUUUAUUUAUGAGUAAACUCUGUCUUUAUAGCUUGGACAGAUCUUUAAAAAUUUUAAAUCUUUAAUUAUCAAGUAAUCCUGAUAUCCUCAAUUAUUUUGAUGAAAAUAAUAAAAAAUUAUUACAUGAUCUAAUCAUCAAAUAUAAGAUUAUGUGGGCUAAUAAUGGGGACAUGUUGAGUUUCAUAUACUCGGGAUCAGGUAGUACUGUCUCAGAGAUGGCAAGAGAAGGAAAGCGAGGAUUUAUGGGAAUGCUCAAAGAUGGAUACAAUAAUAUUGAGAGAUUUUAUAAUCGUUAAUUUGAGGAUGAUACCAAAUAAAACACAAUCAAUUAAUUAUUGCACGGUUUAACAUCUAAAACCCAUUUCGAUAAUUGGAUUACUGAGUAAGAAAAGCAUUUUUGCACCCAAAGUGAAGCCUCAAUAUUAUUAACGACUUGGAAUGUUGGCGGUAAUAAUCCUGUGACAAAUAACUUUUCUUAAAAUAUAUUAAAUUUUUAGGAACAACCUAAUCCAGAUAUAAUUGUUUUUGGCUUGUAAGAGAUUGUUGAUUUGAAUCCAUAAAACAUAGUCAUUAUGAGCAAUGAAAAAACACUUUAGCUUUGGGAUUAAUUGUUUCAAUCCAACCUAUCAAAAAUUGAACCUUAUACAAAAAUAGGAGAAUCUGAUUUAGUUGGUUUAUAUAUGGCCGUCUUUGUAAAAACAUCCUAAAUUUCAAGAGUAACAUAAAUUGAUACAGAUGUGGUUAAAACAGGGUUAGGAGGGACUUUGGGAAAUAAAGGAGGUGUUUCAGUGAAAUUUAAAUUUGAUGAUUCUCAAUUAGGAUUUACUUGUUGUCAUCUAACAUCUGGGAAUAAAUAAUGCCAAUAAAGAUUAUCAGACGUUGAUGAGAUUCAUUAGAGAGCAUUCCAAAAUUCAAAGUCUAAAACUACUUUAAACGAUCUAGAUUAUUCAUUUUUUUUUGGUGAUAUGAAUUUUAGAAUAGACUUGCCAUAUCAAGAAGUUAUUGAAUAAAUCAGACAUUAUCAAUAGCUGAUUUCAUAAGAUCAGAAUAAUCCAAAUGCAAAAGCAAAGUUAGCAUAUUUAUUGAAUUAAGAUCAAUUAGGAAAGAAUAAAAAUAGGAACUAAUAUCUACAAAACUAUUAGGAGGGUAGCAUUUUCUUUUUACCGACUUACAAAUAUGAUAAAAAUUGUUAAGUCUAUGAUACUUCUAAAAAACAAAGAACCCCUUCUUGGUGUGAUCGAAUUUUAGUGAGCUGUAAGGAGGAAUUGAUUUGUUAGUAACGAUUUUAUAAAAGAAAUGAAUGCUUAGAUAGUGAUCAUAGACCCGUAUCUGGUUAUUACGUUAUAGAAAUCAAGAAGAUAGAUAAAGAAAAGCUUGACUUAGUUAAAGCUUAAUAUUGUUUGUCAAAAAUGUAGAAUUUUAAACACCAUUAACCUAACUAAGAUGUUCCAAAAUAACAUUCUUCAAUCGUUUAAUUUUAAAGAUAACAAUAACCAUUAUAAUCUGAUGACUAUUAAGACUUCUUUAAAGAUAAUUAAAAUGUAUAAUACUAAAAUUAAAAAUCGUAAUCCAGUAUAAGUAUUACAUAAUCGCAAUCAUAAAUUUCAUUAUAAUAAUCAUUAUAAACUUAAUAGCAAUACUAAUAAUAAACACAAUAAUCUUAAUAGUAAUACUAAUAAUAAUUGUAAUAUUCUUAGUAGUAAUAAUAAUUAGCUUAAUAGUAAUACUAAUAAUAAUAAUAAUUGUAACAAUCAUAAUAGUAAUACUAUUAAUAAUAAUAAUCAUAAUAAUCAUAAUAGUAAUAAUAAUUAUAAUAACAAUAAAGAUAACCUAUUUAAUAUAUGUAAUAAAAUAUAUAAUAAAUUUAAUAAACUUAAACUUAACCAUUAGAUUUAAUAAAUAUGGAUGAUAAAUAAUAAUAAUAUUAUUAACAACCUUAAGUGUUACAAUAAUAUGCUGUAUAAUAGAUGUAAUAGCAAUAAAGAUCAGAAAUUUCUACACAAUCAUAAUAAAAACCAAAUUAAUAUCCAAAACAACCUGAUUUAUUAUGA